CUCUCCUCAAGAGUUAACAAUGGAGAAUCGGGGGCGAAACCCUAGCUUUCUCUCUCUCCUCCUUCUUCUCUCUCUUUUUGCCAUCGCAUCUGCUAAAGUGUUCUUCGAGGAACGUUUCGAAGAUGGAUGGGAGAAGCGUUGGGUCAAAUCUGAAUGGAAGAAGGAUGAAAGUAUGGCUGGAGAGUGGAAUUACACAUCCGGCAAAUGGAACGGAGAUGCCAAUGACAAAGGUAUCCAGACUAGCGAGGACUACAGAUUCUAUGCUAUCUCUGCUGAAUUCCCAGAAUUCAGCAACAAAGAUAAUACCUUGGUUUUCCAGUUUUCUGUUAAGCAUGAACAGAAGCUUGAUUGUGGAGGUGGUUACAUGAAGUUACUCAGUGGUGAAGUUGACCAGAAGAAAUUUGGUGGGGAUACCCCAUACAGCAUUAUGUUUGGCCCUGAUAUCUGUGGGUACAGUACUAAGAAAGUCCAUGCCAUUUUCAACUACAAUGAUACAAAUCACUUGAUCAAGAAGGAUGUCCCUUGUGAGACUGACCAAUUGACUCAUGUGUACACCUUCAUUCUCCGCCCAGAUGCUACCUACAGCAUCCUCAUCGACAACCAGGAGAAACAAACUGGUAGUCUUUACACUGACUGGGACCUACUUCCUGCUAAGAAAAUCAAGGAUCCUGAGGCUAAGAAGCCCGAGGAUUGGGAUGACAAGGAGUUCAUUCCUGACCCCGAAGACAAGAAGCCAGAGGGUUAUGACGACAUCCCAGCAGAGAUUACUGACCCUGAGGCUAAGAAGCCGGAGGACUGGGAUGAUGAGGAAGAUGGUGAAUGGACUGCCCCAACCAUUCCAAACCCCGAGUACAAGGGCCCAUGGAAAGCAAAGAAAAUCAAGAACCCCAACUACAAGGGCAAGUGGAAGGCACCCAUGAUCGACAACCCAGAAUUCAAGGAUGACCCAGAACUGUAUGUUUACCCCAAGCUCAGAUAUGUUGGCGUUGAGUUGUGGCAGGUGAAGUCUGGCACACUCUUUGACAACGUCUUGGUCUGUGAUGACCCUGAGUAUGCAAAGCAGUUGGCUGAGGAAACCUGGGGAAAGCAAAAGGAUGCUGAAAAGGCUGCUUUUGAGGAGCUUGAGAAGAAGAGAGAGGAGGAGGAAACCAAGGAUGAUCCCGUUGAAUCAGAUGCUGAGGAUGAAGAUGAAGCUGAAGCCGACGACUCUGAUAAGGAUGAUGCUGAUAAAUCCGAUGAUAAGGAUGACGAUCAACAUGAUGAACUGUGAGUACUCGAGCAGUAUCAAGGAGAAUUCUAAUUCAGACUCAUUGUUCACAAGCAAUUUUCUCUUAUCAAUUUUUAGCAUAGGUUUUUGGUAGUAGACUUAAAAAGACACCAAAUCAAAAGCCUGUAUGACAUAUUAGUUUUUCUCAUUCGGCUGUAUUUGGUGGAUAAUAGCUAAAGGGCCAAGGAGAUUUCCAGUUUUCUUAUUACAUAUUUAAACAUGAAAUAGAGAUUCUGGAAUGGUAAAUGAGCUGAGUUAUUCUAAUUUUGCCUUUUCUUC